UUGCUCCGACCACUCCAGUAUGUGAAGUACCCAGCUCUGCAAUGACGGGAACAGUGGUGGAACUGAGCUGUAAGGAGACCGAGGGAUCCCCUCCGUCUGAAUACCAGUGGUACAAGAACGGUGUUGCCUUGUUGGAAAAGACGGGAGCAGGCAGUGCAAGAGCAGCAAACAUAACUUACACCAUGAAUAAAAAGUCCGGCACUCUGCUUUUUAACACCGUUACAAAGAAUGACACUGGAGAGUAUUUCUGUGAAGCCUCCAAUGGGAUUGGGUUACCUCAGAAGUGCUCAGUGAAGCGAAUGCAAGUUGAUGACCUUAAUGUAAGUGGUAUCAUCGCUGCUGUAGUAUUUGUGGCUCUGGUAAUGGCAUUGUGUGGCCUUGGAGUAUUUUAUGCCCAAAAAAAGGGCUACUUUGCAAAGGAAAGCUCUUCCCAAAAGAUGACCAACUAUCAAUCUACAAGUGAAAAGGAUUUCAAGCACACCAAGUCCUUUGUUAUUUAG